AUGUCCAACAUCCAGGUCGUAGUACGAUGUCGAGGUCGCAACGAAAGAGAAGUCAAAGCCAAUUCGCCCGUGGUAGUAGAAAUGCCCGUGGAAACCUACUCGGUGACAAAUCCUACCGUUACUUUAUGUGCAAAUUCAGAGUCUCCGUCGCACUUGAGUUCCUCUUUCUCCCAAAUUAUCAACCUGAAAACAUAUUCCGUGGACCAGGUAUACGGAUCGCAGGCCGACCAGCUGAUGCUCUUUCACCAAGUAGCAUUACCGCUUUUUCAUGACUUUGUUGCUGGAUAUAAUACCACCGUUUUGGCCUACGGUCAAACGGGCACAGGAAAAACAUACACAAUGUGCGGGGAUCUCACCCACGAGAAGCACGGUCUGUCAGUAAGACUCUCGGAAGAGGCAGGUAUCGUUCCUCGGGUUUUGACCGAGCUUUUCACCGCGCUAGACGCCAAUAAUAGCGACUAUUCUGUGCGGUGCUCUUUUAUGGAGCUCUAUAACGAAGAGAUCAAGGACCUUUUAGGAGCCGACAGCGGCAACUCUAAAUUGCGUAUCUUUGACUCGACCCAAAAACGUGUGGUGGGACCUUCAAGUGGUAUAGUUGUGCAAAAUCUCAUCGAGCAGGUGGUGACGUCUGCCCGUCAAGCGGUGGAUCUUCUCGAAAAAGGUCACAAGAAAAGAACGACAGCAUCGACAAGAAUGAACGAUGUAUCGUCUCGUUCGCAUUCUAUAUUCACAAUCUACCUCUACAGGAUGGAUGUCGAAAAAAAUGAGAUGGUCCGAAUCUCAAAGAUGAAUUUGGUUGAUUUGGCAGGUUCCGAAAACAUCCACAAGUCUGGUGCCGUUAAUCAACGUGCAAAAGAGGCAGGUUCAAUCAACCAGAGUCUACUUACUUUGGGCCGAGUGAUCAAUUGCUUAAGUGACAAGUCUGGUCCCUUGUCUCAUAUACCCUACCGUGAAUCUAAAUUAACUCGCUUGCUACAAGACUCGUUGGGCGGCAAUACCAAGACUACCCUCAUUACCACCAUAUCCCCCGCGAGAAUAGAUUUAGAUGAAACGACCUCAACUCUUGAGUAUGCUUCAAAAGCCAAGAGCAUUCAGAACAAACCACAAUCUGGGGAUUCUAUCGAUUAUCUUGCGAAAAAAAUACUUAUACGAGAUAUGUCGAAUACGCUAAGGAAGUUGCAAGACGAUUUGAUAGCCACGCGCAAGAAGAACGGAAUAUGGAUGGACGAAACCACAUACAAUGAGUUUGUCAAUGAAACGGAAUCACUCAAGACCCAGCUUCGAGAAUCAAAAGCAUUGAUAACAGGACUCAACUUGAAACUUGAGAAAACCAAGCAGGAGAAUACAGCAUUGGAGACCAAAGCACUAGACAAUGAACGCGAAAAGCACGAAAUGGGCUCUUUGGUUCGAGAGUCUCAAAGCAAACAGCGUGAUCUAGAGGCUGAUGUCGCGAGCAGAAGUGCAACAAUCAUGUCAAUGUCACAGAAAAUGUCCGAGCUCGAGAACAACUACACCCGUGCGUCGAACUUUUUGAAAACCACCGUAUCCGAGAAGAUUAAUGAAGCACUCACCACCAUCGCAGGUAUCUCAUCUGAGCUUUCCAAUAGUAAUGAUGUCAAAUACUUGCAACAAGUUCAAAACAAGGUCGCAGCUUCAUUGAAUGGGUUCAAAAUUUCACUAUACCAAGUGUCAGAGAAGCUCAACUCCCAAUUCGAACACGCUUUGAAGGUACUUCCAGGCGUCUUAGAGCCCUUGGGAGAGCAGGUCAGUCAGCAGCACACAUUACGUGAAGCUUGUGAAAGAAAAGUGGAACAUCAAAUUGACGAAGUUCGUUCGUCCAACAGUAAUUUUGAAAAGUACGUGACUGAGGAACACUUGAAAGCUAUCGAGACUGCCUUACUGGAUUCAAUCAAAGAACGCAUUACAAACAACCUAAGCGCAAUGCAAAAUACAAUCACUACAGAAAUUGCGACAAUGCUCAACAAGACAUUUACCCAGCAGCAAGGAGAGCUACCACGCCUUUUGACUGAAGACACUGUAAGCAAGGUUCAAGCGGAAAAGCAGGAAUUGCAAAAGCAAGCGACAUCAUGGUUAGCACGGUCUCUGCACUUGCAUAUCUCCGUUGUGGACGAAUUACAGUCUUAUGGCAAGUCUAGCAAAGAACUGUUGGAAUUGAUGGAGCAUAGCAUUGAUUCUGCAUCAAAAACCAUCGGAGAGACUAUACAUCAAAAGCUCAAUCCUCAACUUGAAUUAUUGAAGGACAGUAUCAAUAAAGAGAAUACUGCCAGUACCAUCGAGGAGUUAGAGAGCGCUUUUGGACGUAUCAACUCCAAGUCGAAACAAGUACAAAAGGGUCUUGUCGAUACCACGACCACAUUGCACUCCAUACAAGAGUUUGAAAUCAAUCUACCUUCCACCUCUACAGCGGAAAGAGUCUUGCAAGAGGUUUCUCCUAAUAGGGCACGCCAUACCUUGAGUAGCGGGUCAGCAGUUAAACGCCCUGCUGAAACACUGCUUCAACCCCUUUCCAAGAUUCCGUCAUUGUCUCGUGCAAAUAGCGACAACGAAAGCGUGUCAAAGAAGAGGCGAACGACUACAAAAUUGAACAUGCCAUAA